AUGCUUCCCAUUUCACCACCAGCUCAGUUCGAUGACGUAACUGACGAGGAUACAAGAGGAGGUGACACUCCUCCAGAUGGCGGAUAUGGAUGGGUCUGCGUCGCUGCAUGCUUCACAAUUAACUGCUUUACCUGGGGAGCCGUCUCAGCAUAUGGAAUUUACCUCUCGCACUACCUAGCCGACGACAUCUUCCCCGAAGCAUCGACCUGGGACUACGCCUUCAUUGGCGGCCUCAACUUCGCCACCGCCAUGCUGCUCGCGCCCUUCAUCACCGUCCUAUGCCGAAAACUCGGUACCCACACCACCAUGUGCAUAGGCCUACUCCUCCAACUCUCCGGCUUCCUCGGCGCAUCCUUCUCCACCCGCAUCUGGCAGCUGCACAUCUCGCAGGGCGUGUUGAUCGGCGUCGGCAUUGGUUUCUUGUACAUCCCUUGUUUGCCUGUACUGAGUCAGUGGUUUGACAAGAAAAAGAGUCUCGCAAAUGGGAUUAGUGCUGCGGGGAGUGGGGCGGGUGGUGCGGCGUUCGCUUGGGGUACUGAGGCUAUCAUCAAACGACUGGGCAUUGGCUGGGCGUUGAGGAUUACGGGUAUCAUUGCGUUUACCGCUAACACUGUUGCGACGGUCUUCAUCCGCGAUAGGAAUAAGGCGAUUAGACCGUCUCAGUUAGGCUUUGAUACUCGGCUUUUGCGACAGUAUGAGGUGCUGUUGUUGCUGGCUUGGGUGUUUAUUAGCAUGUUAGGAUAUGUUGUGCUUCUCUUUUCUCUCUCCGAUUUCGCGCUAUCUAUCGGACUCUCGCGAUCUCAAGCUACAGAUAUGAUCGGGCUGCUGAAUGUAGGGACGGCCAUUGGACGGCCAAUUAUCGGCAUAUUCAGUGAUCGGUGGAGUAGGAUGGAUACGGCGGGUGCGCUGACACUAGUUUGUGGUGUUUCUUGCUUUGCUUUCUGGCUGCCUGCUACGGGCUAUGGACUUACGGUAUUCUUCGUCAUCUUGUGUGGCGCGACCGUUGGAGUGUUUUGGGUGACGAUAGGCCCGCUUUGCGUUGAGGUGGCGGGCAUUAAGAACCUGCAAUCGCUGUUGUCCUUGUCCUGGGCUGCAGUCAUCAUUCCGGCCACAGGUACGUGCACGAAACUCUCCUCGCGCGCGCAAAACUCUCCGUCUGAUACCGCUACGUCUAUAGUCUCCGAAGGCAUCGCUCUAAAGCUCCGACGUCCCGGUUCCUCACGAGAAUACCUAUAUACCCAAAUCUUCGCAGGCCUCUCAUACAUUAUAGCGAGCGGCUUCAUGUUCCAGCUGCGCCGAGUAAAACAGCGGCAGGCCCAACAGCAGCACCAGGUGCAGCAAUAG